AUGUCCGAGGGGAAACCCAGUGAUGUCGCUUUCAUGUAUAAAGAACAUAUAAUACCAUCCAUUUCCCCACGCCCCCUCUUUCUACCCACCACGAUUGACCAUCUCAAAGACCCUCCAAGACGCGACGCCCCGCACGCAAACGCGACCCAAACCCCCAAAGUCCUUGUUAAAAUGGUCAUUCAAACACGGAGCGCCGCACGAAGAGCACAAGACAUCGGGUCUGCUAUACCUCAAAGAGAAGGCACUUUGGUGACGAUUGAACCGUCGGCCACCGGGCUCGGUGUGCACAAACGAUGGCAUUACCCUGACGCCGCCGCACCACGGAUACGCGACGAAUCGUUCUCGUCGUCUUCAUCCUCGUCGCUUUCGAGCCUCUCUUCCUCACGCGAUUGGGGCUCCACGCUGUCGUCUUUGUCUUCCAUGGAAUCCAUCGCCCCGCUAGAACUAGAUCAAUUGCGAGACGUACAACAAGAGAACCGCGCACCCAAGCACCCCUCGCACCCUACACCGCCAGAAACACCGCGCCCCAUCCCCGGCGCGCACAAACGCACUCCUCUCAGGCGCAGUCCUCUCAUCAGGUGGACAACCGACCAUGAUGGUACCACGCGCCGCCUCCUCGUGCCCAACGUCCCAUACUCGCAGGACGACGCGAGGGUGGCCAGGAUGAUGAAGGAGAAGGAAGAUGCGGCGACGAAGAAGAUGGACGAGGUGUUUGAGAAGCAGUAUGCGAUGAUGCUGAGGCAGCGGGAGAGGGCGGUGCUCAGCAUGACGCGCUCGGAUGAUGACAUGGACGAUGAGAGUGUGGAGAGCUUUGAGAGCUCGGACGGGUCGAUGGGUGGAAGUGCGAGACCCCUUGUGCGGGGCGAUACACAUCCAGCACUUGACGCCCCUUCGUUCGCGUCUGGGUCUGAUUACGACCCGUUUCUCGUCAAUGCAUAUGUACGAAACGGGAAUGAUACACACAUGGUUGACGGUUCGUCGUGA